UUAGACUUCUCUAAAGCCACAACUGGAUCUACUUUUUCCUUCUGUAUGUGAUCGAUAUAAACAACUCCUCGACAUGUCUUCUUCCUCCACGGAGAUGACAGCGACCACCAAAAUCACUCCUGAGGUCCUCCAGGAACUCCUGCGGUACUAUAACCUCUCCCGGCAGGAAUUCAUCGACACCUACAACAUCCAGCCGCUGGUUUACAUCCCCGAGCUCCCCGCCGGAGCCAAAAGCACGUUUGUGGUGAUGUACGUGAUAAUUUUCGUGCUAGCGCUGGUGGGGAACAGUUUGGUGGUGUAUGUUGUGGUUCGGAAGCGCGCCAUCAGGACCGCCACCAACAUCUUCAUCUGCUCGCUGGCUGUCAGCGACCUGCUCAUCACCUUCUUCUGCAUCCCGUUCACUCUGCUGCAGAACAUCUCGUCCGAGUGGCUGGGAGGGGUUCUAGUAUGCAAGACGGUUCCUUUUGUACAGACCACGGCCAUCGUAACUGGAAUUCUCACCAUGACCUGCAUCGCCAUCGAGAGAUACCAGGGCAUCGUGUAUCCGCUCAAAAUGAAGCGGCAGUACACGCCGAAACGGGCCUACAGGAUGCUAGGGCUGGUGUGGAUCGCUGCGGUCAUGGUCGGAUCUCCAAUGCUGUUCGUACAACAGUUAGAGGUGAAGUAUGACUUCCUGUAUGACCACCAUCACGUGUGCUGUCAGGAGCGCUGGCACUCCCUACUGCAACGGCAGCUUUACACCACCUUCAUGAUGGUGGCGCUGUUCCUGCUGCCACUGGCCGCCAUGCUGUUCCUCUAUAGCCGUAUCGGCGUGGAGCUCUGGAUCCGCAAGCGUGUGGGAGACGCCUCCGUCCUCAGCACCAUGAACCACAGAGAGAUCAGCAAAAUCUCCAGGAAGAAGAAACGAGCUGUAAAAAUGAUGAUCACCAUCGUCCUGCUGUUCACCAUCUGCUGGGCUCCGUUUCAUAUCGUCCACAUGCUCUUUGAGUACAACGACCUGGAGAAGAAACACGACGAGGUGACGGUGAACAUGGUCAUCGCUGUGGUGCAGGCCAUCGGUUUCUCCAACUCCUUCAACAACCCCAUCGUCUACGCCUUCAUGAACGAAAACUUCAAGAAGAGCUGCGUCUCCACACUCUCACUGUACCUGCGGCGUCCCGCCCAGCAGAGCGUCCCGCGGCAGAACCUCAGCGUUCACUUCUCCAAACACCUCAAAACUGAAGCUUUCAGCGGAGCAGAGGAGCAUCUGGAGCCGCAGCACAACCGUCUUCUGUCCUCGUCUCACGGAGAGCUGGAGAUCUCCACAGCGUUCCCAGAGCAGAACGGACAAACCUCCAGCUCACAGCUUCCUUCCAGCAGCUCCUGCGCAAAAUAAACUCGCCAAAAAAAACAAACGUUACGCAUUUAGAGGAGCUCAGAGUCAGAGCAUCUGCACAACUAAAGCCUGGCUCACACUGUGCAACGUCAGACACCAUUUAAAUCAUGGAUUCCUAUUGAGCCUUUUCACAUAGUCAUGUUUCUCAGCAGCAGAAGUGGUCAAAGUUGGGUAAACUCAGAGCGCAGUGAAUAGGAGAGUACAGCUAAUCAUUUAUUUACAAUCCUAUUUGCUGAAAUAAUAACAGAAACACUCCACCAUGCUGUUAUCAAGACUUUCAGAGGAAGAG